AUGUACAAAUUGCAGCAAAAGAACCUUCAAGAAAGACGAGACAGGCGUAUCAAGUUAGAGAGGAAACUUCAGGAGGACACCCUGAGUGAGGAGGAAAAGAAGAAGCAGAGAGAGGCAUUGCAGCAGCAAGAAAGGGACUACUUCAGGCUGCAGAGGCAGCGCCUUUCAUCCAAUGACUUUGAGGCAUUGAAGCUCAUAGGACGGGGAGCUUUCGGAGAGGUCUGGCUGUGCCGGGAACAGAAGACUGGGAAGACGGUCGCGUUGAAGAAGCUCAAAAAGUCAGAGAUGCUCCGCCGAGGGCAGGUGGAUCAUGUGAAAGCAGAGCGCAACGUGUUGGCUGAAGUUGACCAUCCGUUCAUCGUGCGCCUGUACUACUCAUUUCAGGACGAGGAAUUCCUGUACCUGGUCAUGGAGUAUCUGCCAGGCGGAGAUGUCAUGACACUGUUGAUGCGCAAAGACAUCUUGUCUGUGGAGGAGACUCGCUUCUACAUUGCAGAGACUGUGCUCGCCAUUGAGUCCAUUCACCGGCAUAGCUACAUCCACAGAGACAUUAAACCGGACAACCUCCUCUUGGAUGCUUCUGGGCACAUGAAGCUGUCAGACUUCGGCCUGUGCAAGCCAGUCGACGUCUCAAAACUGCCUACGCUGCAUGAGGACAAAAACCCCAGCGUAUCCCAGACUGAAGGCGCUCCAGAGCCCAGCACCAGCAGAACCCAGAGCGAGAAGCUGGCCCACUGGCAGAGCAACAGGCGGAAGCUGGCGUACUCGACGGUGGGGACGCCAGACUACAUAGCGCCGGAGGUGCUGAUGAAGAUGGGGUAUGGCAUGGAGUGCGACUGGUGGAGCGUGGGGGCCAUCAUGUACGAGAUGAUGGUCGGCUACCCACCCUUCUACUCCGACGACCCCAUGACCACCUGCCGCAAGAUUGUCAACUGGCGCUCCACCCUCCGAUUCCCCCCUGAGGUCAGCCUUCCGCCUGACGCGCGCAACCUGAUAGAGAGGCUGCUGUGCAAUGUGGAGGACCGUCUGGGUAGUCACGGCGGCGCUCAGGAAGUCAAGGUGCACCCAUUCUUUGCUGGAGUGAAGUGGGAUGAGCUGACGACGCAGACACCGCCCUACAGGCCAUGCGUAACGCACGAACUGGACACUCAGAACUUUGAGAACUUUGAUGACGAGGCAGGCAUGUCCAGCGGCGGCAGCAGCAAGCGCUGGGGCCGGGCAGACCCCAAUUUCAUUGGUUACACCUACAAGAACUGGGAGGCCGUCAGCUCACCCGGCGAGGGGCAAGCGCAAGGGCACAUGCAGCUGAAGCCAAAGACGUCUUCGCGGCCGAAGCUGAGCGAUGUUCAGGGGACUUUUGCUGAGCUUGACAUGAACAGCCGCCCAUCACGAUGA